AUGGAUCCACCACCUUCUCUUUCCAAUGUUUUCCAUGACCUUUCUGAUACUAUAAAGAAAUUUCUGGCUUCUAAUGCAGUGUCUGAUUUCAUCCAUAUGAUUUCAGAUCUGAUAAAGAAAAUUUUGGCUUCUGAUGCAGUGGUUUCUGUGGUCAAAUGGUGUAAGAAAGAAAAAACCCUUCUUACAGUUGUUGCAGUGGCAAUUAUAGGUCUCCUGAUGCUUUGUUGCUGCUGCAAAUGCCUUACGAAGAAGACGAGGAUUUCAGGUAAAACAAUGAAAGCACCAGGGCAGGAUUUUCGUAUGUUAAGGAAUGAUUUUGAAGCAAGUCCUUCUGCCUAUUUUAGGAACUUGCGCAGCAAGUAG